UGGCUUUGCAAGCAAAAAAAGCUGCCCAGUCGCCUGUGGGAGCGCGUUUCGCAAGAACCAGAGCGAUCGUGAUAUCGCACGCGUCGCGCGCAGCGAGAAAAGCUCGAGUUUCAGCAUACCAGCAGCUGAGCAGCCCUCACAGCAAAAACAGAGCACAGCAAAAAAUAUCACGCUGCGUGAACAGGUCGAAUUUCACCGGGAAGGCUAUCAGCUGAGCAACAAAAAAACACAGCAAAGACGAUGGCCCGCAGCGCCGCACCGGACGAAGAGAACGCUGUCAGAGCGCCGGACCCGCAGCAGCGCAUGCGCCUCGUCGAGCCGCCUCAAACGAUAGACGACACCUUCGCGUGGACGGACGAGGCGAGAGUGCAGGUCGCCGUGCAGACCACGGCACUUUUAUUAGCUUCUUGCGUGUAUUGCGUCGGGGACGAAUGGCGUUCUCUAGCUUUGGCACUCGUGUGGGGCAACGCGUCACUAGCCUUGAGCGCGCAGAGGGAACGAAGGCAACCGGCGCCCUGGCUCCAAGUUUUAUUAGCAUCAAUAAGCUGCGUCCUCGCGUCGUACGCGUCGCGAGAUCAGAUCGAGGCGUGCUGGAAGUGGGUCUGCGUCUUUGCGUAUGCGGUCGAGGCCAUGGGGUGGAGAAGACCAACGACAGAUAUGAUCCAGUUCGGUUUUCCCAAAUUUCAAAGGCAAUUGUUCGUUAUCUUAAUAGCGGGGACGUACUGGGGGCUGCCCGCUCUAUAUAAAUUCGCGGAUCGGCUCGAGUUCGAAGCUUUGUCGGCGCAACCUUUAGGUAGAGACACGGGCGACUUCGACACUUCGGCAGCGGCGUCGCGCGUCGCCGGCGGGUUAUUGUAUGGAGGGACCAUCGCGAUGCUGGCCCUGUCGAUAUACGUAUGGUACCGCAUGUACCUGAUCGCGCCGGAGAUGUUCAGAAUCUUCGCGAAAGUGGUCGGCCUGGGCGCGGCCGUCGGUGCCGCCCUCUACUCCUUUGGAGCACCAGAAGUCGCGGCUUUGGCUGCGGCGACGGCGACGGCGUUCGCGGCCAUGGCGCACGGCGCGAUGGAAUAUGACACAGUUUUCAGGCGGCUCCUGCCGUUGUUGGCGCUGGUCGGCUACGUUGCUUAUACGGCCCUGGACAAUGCAUCAUUGGCGCUCGUGCUCAUCGGCGUCGUCUUAUUAGCCAAGGUCCAGUUCGUGCGCGACCUUGAGGCGUUAAGGGGCCGGCCGCGGACGACAAGUCGCUAUUUAUCGGGUGGCCUGGGCAUCCUGCACCCCGUAGUAACAGUGUGAA